UGGAAAGCCCUGAUGAUGCUUAGCCGCCGCUGCUGCUGCUGCCGGUGGAGGCUUUAUUUACACAGAACUCUCUUAAACUGUUCCGUGCUACUCAAACACACUCACAGAACGACAAAAAAAAACCUACAAAAUCAAUAUCUUCUUAAAGAAGUUGAAGCCACUUUAAAGCAGGAGAGCGCUAAAAUCAUGAACGUUUGGUCGCUGCGUGGUUUCCUAGCAACCGGACUGAGAAGUUUUGAGAAGAGCACAAGGCUAACAUCGCUAACGCGUCGCUGGACAGAUGAUUUCGGUGUAAAAAGAGCAAAGGUACAGUGUUGUGUGCAGAAUUUGACAGGUUUGUGCUUUGAACUGGACCAUAGACAAAGAGAAAAUCUCCAUAGACGCCCCUGCGACUUGAGUGACAGACCGCGGCGACUCGUUUGCAAGAAGUUUAACUUACCAGCUGUGAGGGGUUAUUUCUGCUUACUGACUGUUGAACACAGCAGACGCAGCUGAAGAUGGUAGUACUGCUGUGUAUCACAAUACCAUGGUCAACAUCGCGGGAGCUCGUGCUUCUGAGGAGCGAUUUGAGUUGCAAACUGUCAUGGAUGCGUACUUUUCUGCUUCAGUAUAAUCCCGGGCACACGUGAUGCGCAAAUCACUUUUGUCAGCGACAUCUCUCAUUUGUCAGAGGGAAAUCCGUGCGUGUUUUCUUGCGCCUUAAGCUCGAAGCUUAACAUAUCUUCAUGUUUUUUUCUUUCUUUUAUUAUUGUUAAAAGAAACCACACAUUGAUCAACCAGAGUCGUCGCCGGCGCAGCAUGCCAACUUUUGCUCCCGUUGCUCUUGUCUCGUAGAGGAGGGAAUAGGAAACUGGAUGCCUGAAUGAAUGGGGAUCGCGCCUUGUGAAGGUUUCAGCUGUCAACAUCCUGCCAGUUUUAUGUGCUUGUCCAGACAGUUGAGUGUUUAUCGUUAUAAUUCGAAUAUCCGUUCGGAGCCAAGAACAAACAGACAUCAGAGAACGCGUCAUUAUAGACCGGCAAUGUCGAAGAAACGCAAAACUCCAGACGACGGUGGCGGCGGUGGGGAGCUCGCGGACACUGAGGAUUCCCUUCAGCAAGGUCUGACGGAUGAGAAAGUGAAGGCUUAUCUCUCCCUCCACCCGCAGAUGCUGGAUGAGUUUGUGCUGGAGAGCGUGAGCUCGGAGACGGUGGACAGAUGGCUGAAGCGGAAGAGCAGCACUCAGCCUGCAGAUGACUCCUCAGCUAAAGAAGUUAGCAGGCAGUACCAGGACACAAAUAUGCAGAGCGUCGUUUAUGAGCUCAACAGCUACAUGGAGCAGCGGCUGGACACUGGAGGAGACAACAAACUACUGCUCUAUGAGUUGUGCAACAUCAUUAAAACAGCCACUAAAGCUGACGGAUUUGCACUUUACUUCCUUGGAGAAUGCAACAAUAGUUUAUGUUUGUUCACUCCGACGGGGGCAAAAGAGGGGCUUCCUGGGCUCAUCCCCUCUGGUCCCAUUACGUUUGGGACCACCAUCGCCGCUCACGUUGCAAAGACACGCAAGACACUACUUGUAGAGGACAUCAUGGGGGACGAGAGGUUCCCUCAUGGCACAGGGCAGGACUCAGGGAUCCGUGUUCAUUCUGUUUUGUGUUUACCCAUCCUCACCGCCAUCGGAGACCUCAUCGCUAUCCUGGAGCUGCACCGCCACUUGGGUCGAGAGCCCUUCAACCUCAGCCACCAGGAGGUUGCAACAGCAAAUUUGGCCUGGGCAUCUGUAGCCAUACACCAAGUCCAGGUCUGCAGAGGUCUUGCCAAACAGACGGAACUCAAUGACUUUCUCCUAGAUGUGUCAAAAACAUACUUUGACAACAUAGUGGCAAUAGAUUCUCUACUUGAACAUAUCAUGAUAUAUGCAAAAAACCUGGUUAAUGCGGACAGAUGUGCGCUCUUCCAGGUGGAUCACAAUAACAAAGAGCUGUAUUCUGAUCUGUUUGAUAUCGGGGAGGAGAAUGAAGGGAAACCUGUCUUCAGGAAAACCAAAGAAAUUAGGUUUUCGAUUGAGAAAGGAAUAGCAGGUCAAGUGGCCCGAACAGGAGAAGUUUUGAAUAUUCCGGAUGCCUAUGCAGACCCCCGUUUCAACAGAGAAGUAGAUCUCUACACUGGCUACACGACGCGGAAUAUCCUGUGCAUGCCCAUAGUCAGCCGCGGGACUGUGAUCGGUGUUGUACAAAUGGUGAACAAGCUGGGAGGAAGUGCCUUCACUAAAACUGACGAGAACAACUUUAAGAUGUUCGCCGUCUUCUGUGCUUUGGCCUUACACUGUGCAAAUAUGUAUCACCGGAUAAGACAUUCAGAGUGCAUUUACCGGGUGACCAUGGAGAAGCUUUCGUACCACAGCAUCUGUACGUCAGAGGAGUGGAAGACCCUCACUCAACUCACCCUCCCUUCAGCCAUAUAUAAAGAGAUCGAACUGUUUCACUUUGACAUUGCACCGUUCGAGGAGCUGUGGCCUGCAAUAUUCGUAUACAUGGUUCAUAAUUCAUGUGGAAAAACCAGCUUUGAGUUGGAGAAACUGUGCCGCUUCACUAUGUCAGUGCGGAAAAAUUACAGAAGAGUUCCAUACCACAACUGGAAACAUGCUGUGACGGUGGCACACUGCAUGUACGCCAUUUUGCAAAAGACCACUGGGAUUUUUACUGAGCUUGAGAGGAAAGGGUUGCUGAUUGCCUGUUUAUGUCAUGACCUGGACCACCGCGGCUACAGUAACAGUUACCUGCAGAAGUUUGACCAUCCGCUGGCAGCCCUGUAUUCCACAUCCACCAUGGAACAGCAUCAUUUUUCACAGACCGUGUCCAUCCUGCAGCUGGAAGGGCACAAUAUUUUCUCCAACCUGACUUCCGGUGAGUAUGAACAGGUGCUGGAGAUCAUCAGGAAGGCCAUCAUUGCCACAGACCUCGCUCUGUACUUCGGCAACCGCAAGCAGCUGGCUGAACUGCUGUCUACAGGGGCGCUCGACCUGAACAACCGCGCUCACAGGGACCGUGUGAUUGGUCUGAUGAUGACCGCCUGUGAUCUCUGCUCUGUUACCAAAUUAUGGCCCGUCACAAGACUCACAGCCAAUGACAUCUACGCCGAGUUCUGGGCUGAGGGAGAUGAAAUGAAGAAGAUUGGAAUGCAGCCUAUCUCCAUGAUGGACAGGGAUAAAAAGGAUGAGGUACCCCAGGGCCAGGUGGGGUUUUACAAUGCAGUGGCUAUUCCCUGUUACACCACUCUGUCUGAGCUGUUUCCUCCCUCCGUUCCUUUGCUUGAAGCUUGCAGGGAAAACCUGUCCCAGUGGGAGCGCAUUGUGCAAGGGGAGGACGUCUCUGCGUGGUCAUCAACCGAGGAGGCUGAAGUGAGCGAAACAUCAGACAGUGGACCAGUUAAAGUGGACAACUGAAUCUGUGGCACCUUUCCCACAGCACCACCCACAACCUGCCAGAGACACUGGACUUCCUGUGGACAGUCCCACUUCCUGCAGAGACGGGAGGAAGUGCAGAGGGCAGGCGGACGAGGAUACUUUCAGAAAAAAAAUAAACAAAACAUAAUGUUACCUCAGCGGGUGAUGGAGGCGCACACUCUAAUGACAUCAGGGCUCCCUUGUUGAUGGCUGGGACUCAAGUCCGGUUCAGCAGAAUGGGCGUCAUUAUUGGCAGUACUUUCCCUUAAGAGGUUGCUUUCUUUUAGGCUUUCUUUUUCAGUUUAUUUCGUGGUCUUACGUUUUGAAGAGGCCUUAAAAACGAACCCGAGUUACGAUCUGACUCGUAACCAGAAGACGGUUCGUCUAGUUUAAUAUGGUACAUUUUAUCCUGCUGUGGUCGAAAACGUUGUACGCGAAGCUACUUGAGUGGAUUUCUUUUUUUAAAGAUAGACACAAGGAAUGUUUAGUCAAAGUUAAGGUGCAUGAGGCACAAAAAAAACAUCGUUCUGGUGGAUGUUUUCUAUCAUAUUUUGAGCAAAGCUGUUUUGCAGUACUUGAAUGAAGAAAUACAGCCUA